AUAAAGACGCUCUACCGUUACUGGGAACCACUACUGGGUCUGAAGCAAUGUCAUCCUCCGAAGAGAGGAAAAGAAAGCUUGAGGAAUUAGCAGAAAAAGCUAGGGCAAAAGCCAAAGCCGCUGAAAAACUCUCUCCGAAAAUUAAGAAAACGAAUGUAUCUUCUAGCUCUUCACCGGCAAAGAGUAAACCGCUCCCUCCUCUAGGAGGGAGUGGAAGAGCUGCACGUCAGGAAGAAUAUGAAGACGACGGAUUUAUUGUAGAUGAUGAAGAUGAAGAAGCAUCUGAUGACGAUGAGGUCGUAGUAAAAAAGAAAUCUAAUAAAAAAAAGAAACGUAAUGAUGACGAUUCAUUUGACGAAGAUUCUGUUGGUGACGACUCAGAUGAUUUAAGCCUUGAUACCUCUACAAUUAUUCCAGGACGGAGAACAAGGGGGAAACGAAUAGAUUUCACGGGACAGGUCACAUUUAUUCUAAAAAACUUUUUAAAUACGACAUAG